AUUUUUAUUGCAGCGAAUGGAUCUUAUCAGCCUGGUAUGGAACCAAAAAGACAGCGUACCGCCUACACACGUCACCAAAUACUCGAACUGGAAAAGGAAUUCCAUUACAAUCGUUAUUUGACCAGACGAAGACGCAUCGAAAUUGCCCACACUUUGGUGCUAUCCGAAAGACAAAUAAAAAUCUGGUUUCAAAAUCGACGGAUGAAAUGGAAAAAAGACAAUAAAUUACCGAAUACGAAAAAUGUAAGGAAGAAAACUACAGAUGCAAAUGGUAAUCCAACACCAGUAGCUAAAAAGCCAAAGAGGACGAGUGCGAAAAAACUGGCACAACACCAACAACAGCAGCACCAACAACAGACGCAACAACAACAACAUCAGCCUCCAGUGAUGAAUGAGUGCAUACGUUCUGAUAGUUUGGAAAGUAUCGGUGACGUCAGUUCAUCACUUGGUAAUACUCCGUACAUACCUGCCGCCGGUGAUACAACAAAUAUGCUGUUACCACAUCAGCAACAUGCGUGUAAUGCCAACAACAACAAUACCAAUUACUCAGGAUCUCAGCAUACGAACAACAAUAACAACAACAAUCUUAACAAUAACAAUAACAUCAACAGCAACAACAACAAUCAGCUGCAUGCUGGCAUGCAUCAGCAACAUCAACAGCAUCAACAACAGCAACAAGAUAUUUUGGCAAACCUGCAACAUAUAAAACAAGAUUAUGAUCUGACGACGCUUUAAGAUUGAUUGGUGAGGGAGAGGGACUAAUAGUUAUAAUCAAAUUUUACUCGUUACUUAAUAUCGAGUGUGGUUUUUAUUUACUGUUUUGAACUGCAUCGGUGAACGCACUUAUC